AUGCCCGCCGCGUCUCUCUUGGAAGUUAAAGAUGCAAUUUUGUAUGGUUUGCACAGCAAUGUAACUCAGCUUGAAAAGCUUUUGAAAACAUCUUGCGGAGAUAAGGGGUGUUGUAAUUACAAUGCUGAAAAAAAUAAGCUUAAUGAUGCCAAUGAGACACUUAAAAAACACCUUAAUGAGGAAAAAAAUCCCUCUAAAAAUCUUGAUAACAUCCUUACUGAGUGCAAGUUAAAUGAUCUUGAUGGUCCCUUAAAUCAGCUUAAUAAGGAAAUUACUGAGAAAAUUCAGGAGCUUGAAAAAGACAUUGAAGAGCUUAAAAAAGAGCAAAAUGAUGAUAAUAAAAGUAAAAAUGCCUCUGUAAUUGACAAGCUUUCUAAAUCUCUUGACUCUCAUCAGACGUCUAUGAAGUCUCUUGAGACACUGAAUAAGCUUUGUGCAUUUGCUGAGAAAAUUAAUGAAAAUCAUGAUAACACUAAAAAGCUUUUAGAAAGCCUUUGCACAGGCCUCGAAAAAUUUCUCGGCUACCAGGAUGGUAAUUACACCGGAGAAGGAAUUGUGUACUCGGACCUUGACAGGCUCUGCGACGGGGUGAUGUCUUUCCUUCAUGGUGUUUUAAAUGAUGUUCAUACAAAUGAUAAUCUUCAAAAAUAUAAUACUCCUUUAACUGUGCCACUUCAAAAAAUUACUGAAGCUCUCUAUAAUAGAAAAAAUUUUGAUAGUAGUAUUCGCGUUGUGAGCGAUGGGAUUAAGCAGUGGGUGAGGGGGGUGGAUGAAAAGCAUAGAGAGGUGAUGAGGCCGUUGGAAGAGCUUAAGGAAUCGUUAAGUGGGCAUAUGGAGACGGAGAUGAAUGACAUUUCUAUUACAGAUCAGUUGUUGACUUGGCAGGGAUUUGCUGGACUUUACCUCCAAAAGGCUCUGCAAUCGGAAAGAGCUUUAAGGGAUAUUGAUGAUGGCCUGAGUAGGAAAAUAGCGUGUAAAAUAGAGUUGUUAAAACAGGUGAUGCAGAAUUUUUGGGAUGCGGUGAAUAAUGAUGACGUGAAAAAUUCCGUAAAUGAGUUGAGAAAAGAUAAGCAUCUUAAGUAUAUUACAAGCGCCGUGCAAUCGGCCAAGAAGUUGGCUAAGGAAUUACUGAGCGAGGAGGCAAAUGGAUUUACGCAGGGUUACAAGGAGAAAAUCACCGAGAAGUUUAGUGAAAUUAAAACUAGAAUAGAGGAGUUUACAAAUGACGGUAACGGCGGCGGCAGUAACAAGUCGGAGCUGUGGACGCAGUUUGAGAGUGUUCAGAGUAAAGUCGGCGAGCUUCAAUCUAAUGUGCUGGCUGAUUUGGAUAGUUUGAGAGGGGAGAUUGAUGAGCUUGACGACACUGUUUACAGCAAUCCAGAAGAAAAUGAGCUUGUUAAAGAGGCGUUAUCUAAGCUUGGGACGGCUAAGAGUACGCUGGAUCUGACAACUGGAGACAUCACUGCUACAUCUACGUCACUUAAAAGUAAAUACGAACGUGAUUUGAAUGGGAAAUUCGAGACACUGAUAGAGAAGUUCCCGACAUUCAAAAAUGUCGUUUUCGGUGACGGAGGAACAUCCUCCAAUCCAGACGAAAAUUCUCUCGCUAAGCUGAUCACAAAGUUAACGACUGUCAUUGGCAAUACAGGCGACAUCAGUGGUUAUGGUCUUGUAGGCGCCGUUAACGCCUUCAACAACGCUGCUAGACUACAGAUCCAAAAUGCCGCCAAAAAGGCUAUUGAGGAGGCAAUUGGAAGAUUUCAAAUGGAAGACAACGGUGAUGAACCCAAAAUAAAAGUAGCACAAUUAAUGAAGCUCUUUGAGGCGUCCAGAAUGGAACUUAGCGCAGCCGUUCAAAAAAUCCAGGUGGAGCUUAAUGACCUUAAGAAGCUUCCCGAAGCCGUCAACAGUGAGAAAGAAAGCGCCGGUGCGUACAUGGCCGAAUUGAAACAGAGGAUCGAGAGUAUUCAAUCCCGAAUUCAGGGAAUCGACAGGCCUAUCGGGACCGCCACUAGUGUCAUACAGGCGGCCAUCUCACUGCUAGAAAUAUCAAUAAAAGACGCUGAAAGUAAUGCCCAGGUUGUCACGUCAGCUCUCCGAAUAGAUUUGCAAAAACGAGUAGGUCAGGCAUUUGACGACUUGGAUGAACACGUCCAAAAAAUGUUCGAUGCCCAGAAGAAAGCUGAAUUAAAGGCUCUCUCAACAUCUGUGUCAUCGCAAAUUCCUAAGAUCCAAGACUCAAUUGACGACGACAUGGAUGCAGGCCUGAAAGGCCUGAUGAACAAGCUGAAAGCUGUAUUUCCCAGUCUGACGAAUUCGGCCAAAGAUCUACAAACCGCUGCCAACAGAGUAAAAAGCUUUUAUGACAAAUUCCUCAACGCUUUAAAUGAGCAGUCCGAUUUAACCACUGACGCAAAUAGAAUCACAACACUGCAAGAUGCCCUGCUCCAAGUCCUCUCCACAAUGAACACCAAACAACACUUCCACCAGGAAGUCUCCGACAAAAUCGACGCGCUCAACACAGCACUGCACAACUUCACCCCAAGGAAUUCGCCGACGCCUCUCCCUGCUCAACGUCAUAAGGCGCGGCGUCACUCGCCUCCACGAGGAGCUACGCAAGCAGUACGUCAGCAGGUACUCGGGGGAGACGUUCGGUGGUCAACUUGUGGAGACUAA